UCUGAUGCAAAAAAGAAGCGCGUGCGUUUGGUAGACAAACGAAAAAUACUUGAAGAAAAUCAAAAGAAGAAAAAUUUUGCAAUUAUUAAUUUUCAAACAAUUUUAAUAAAAUUAAAAAUAUUGUAUUUUUUGUAUUAAUUUGUAAUGCGUGCAAAGUGUUGUAACAAAAAAAGAGUGAUAACAAUUUGCGAUUAGAAAACAACGGAACAAUUGCAUCGGAAAGUUGGGAAAACGCAAAAAAUUUCACAAUUAAAACGUGUCUACUGCAAAGUGAAAUAGAAAAAAAGCCAUCGCGUGGAAAGAAAAACUAAACAAUUUACGGAAAUUUCAAACCUCAACUAAUAAUAGGGAAGUUGUUUUUGGUGGACCAAACAACAAUUUCUUAAAUUGUUGAAAUUCUUAAACUACCAAAAACCACGGAAAAAAAGAAAAGAAAGAGUGGAAUUUUUACUAUACAAGUGUUAGGUUAGAAACGAAUUAUCAAAGAGGAAUUGAGGAAAAUAUAAGUGUUUAGUAAUAAAAAAAAAAUUAUAGCAACAACUAAAACAAAAACAAUGACAAACAAUACAGAAGAAUUGCCAAUACAACAAAACGAUAACAAUGAGCAAUUACCCGAAGUACAACAGCAGCAGCAACAAGAAGGUGGAGAAGAAGACCAACAGCAAGCAAAUGCUAAUGAUCAAGAAGAGCAACAGGAGGAGCAAGUAAAUAUGGAUGUUGAUGACCAGCAGCAAGAACAACCAGCCGAUAAUAAUGAGAAUCAAGAUGCUGCGGCAGAAGGUGAUGCAGCCGAACAAGCCGAUGGAGCAGAUGGUGAAAAUCACAACUCAGAUGCAGAAGAUGAUGACAACGAGCCAGCUGCCGCUGAUCCUUUUUAUGGCUUCGAAGAAUCUGAACCCAAUCUUGAGGAAAAAGACAUGGCUCAGGUUUUACAAUUUUGGGAAUCAAAACAUACCACAUCAGGCUUUGAUCCAGUACCAAUAUUGAAAAGAUUGGCUGAAAUUUUUGAAAAAGAAAAAGAAAUUUACAUGCGUAAAGACCCUGAUCCAUUCGAUGAACGUCAUCCCUAUCGCACAGAUCCCAGCUGCCAAUUUGGUUUUCUACUUAAACAGCUAUUUCGCAAAGAUCAUUUUAUGAAAAAGUUGGUUAAUGAUUAUUUGCGUGAUAACUAUUUUACACGUCAAAGUAUCCAAAAAAGUUCUUAUGAAUUAAAUAUUUUAGCAUUGCGUUUAAUAUUGGUCAUAAUGCCGGGCCUAGAAACGACAGCCGUUUUUCAGGUGGAGUUUGAUAAUCUCAUUAAUCGUAUAUAUGGCUGGGCCGAAGACAGUAUUGAACCUUUGCAAAGUUAUGCCACUGGCUUAUUGGCUGCCGCUAUGGAGGUAACCGAUAUAGCCAUAACAUUUCGUGAUAUGAACACACGUUUAGUGCCCAAAAUGAUAAAACGUUUGCACAUGCUGCAGGCCAUACAUAAAACCAUUCUACAACCUCCCGCCUCUACGGAGCCUCUAUCAUCCGCCAAUAAUUCCAUAGAUGGUAAUCUGGGCGGUAAUACGCCUGUAGAACGCAUACUGCCAAAUUGGAUGGCCGGCUCAGCACCGCAAUCACCCCAGCGUUUAGAUGACAGCACGGCCAGUUCACGUUGUCACAACAGCAGUGUCCUGGAUACCUUUGUGAACACUUCAAAUAUGUCCACGCUAUUGGAAAAUAGUCGUGAUGCUUUUCCAGGCAACAAUGCUGGUCGUUAUUAUAAGAAAAUGUAUAUUUCCAUACAUCCACCUUCGGCCGAGACCAGUCAAAUGCUUAUACUACGCUAUCUUACUACCAUGGGAGAAUAUCAGGAGUUUUUAGGCUUGGUUUUCGAACACAAUGCCAUGCAGUUGAUUUUCGGUUAUAUCGAAAAUUUGGAUAGACGUGAUACGUGUUUGGCCUUCGAGGCUCUGAAAUAUUUGGCUUCACUUUUAUGUCAUAAGAAAUUUGCUCUAGAGUUUAUAUCGCAUGGUGGUUUAGAGCGCAUUUUGAAAGUUCCUCGCCCCAGUAUUGCCGCUACUGGAGUUUCUAUCACUUUAUAUUAUUUGGCUUAUUCGGAGGAUGCAAUGGAGCGCAUUUGUACCAUGCCAAAAUAUUUAAUCACCGAAUUGGUAAAAUAUGCCUUGUGGAUAUUGGGUCAUUCGUACGAUUCGGGAAAAUGUCAUGCUACCAUGUUCUUUGGUUUGAGUUUUCAAUUUAAAGUCAUGUUAGAUGAAUUUGAUGCUCAAGAUGGUCUAAGAAAACUAUACAAUGUGAUUUCCGUCUUGAAAAUCCUCAAUCCCUCCAACAAUGAUGAUGACGACAACAAUGAACUGAACGAAGAUGUUGAAUGCGCAUCUAGACAAAUGGUCCGUCAUGUGUGUGUGGCCCUAAAGCGUUACAUGGAAUCACAUCUCUUCUAUAAAUACAACAACUUUAUGUGCCAGCAGUAUCCUGUAUCCAGUGAAUUUAAUCGCAACAUUACAAAAGCUGCCAAAUCCACCGUUGAACAAAUAAACGAACAGAUACGUACGCUACAGGAAAAUACCUCGGUGCGAGCACAUUGGGCACCGGUAGAUCAACUUUUGAAAUUGGGCGGCAUAACAUUACUGCUGAAAAUUAUUGCAUUCUCUUAUGACUGGAACAAUGGUGGUCGUUCGGAAACUGUGCGCACUGCUUUGGAUGUUCUAUCGAUUUGCUGUGUUAUACCACGUGUGUAUGUGGCGUAUUGUGAUUUACUGGAAUUGCCCGAUCAUGCCACCACCUCGGGUAUUUAUUCCAUAUUGGGGGCCGCUGCUGGUGAUAUUGUGCCAGAUGCCGAUGUCCAGAAAUCGGCUUUGGCUGUUUUGUGUAACUGUGUGUGCUCGCCCAUAGCCAGGAAAGAACCCAACAGUCUUAUCAAAUGCUUUGGUUCAUCCAGGAAAAAUAAACACAAUAACAAAUACAGCGAGGAGCUGGUGGAAAAGGUUUGGGAAUCUGUUUGCUCCAAUAACGGCAUUAUCGUUUUACUUUCUCUUAUGCAAAUAAAAACACCCAUCACCGAUGCUGAUUGCAUACGCGGCAUGGCCUGUCGUGCUCUAGCCGGUCUAGCACGUUCGGAGCGUGUCAAACAGAUUGUGGGCAAAUUGCCGCUCUUUGCCAGUGGUCAGAUACAAACCUUGAUGCGUGAUCCCAUACUGCAAGAGAAGAGAUCCGAGCAUGUUAUAUUCCAGAAAUAUGCUUUAGAACUGCUGGAACAAGUGUCCGGUAAGACGAAGCCCUUCAGUCACCAGCUGGAUCCCACCUUGGCCAAUAUACACAAGGCAAAUAUUAUAGCACAAACGAAAAUACAAUAUAACGAGCAGCAAUUGUAUCAACUGAUCUAUGAUCAUUUGGAAUUCAAAGGUCUCUCACAAACAGCUCAAAUGUUGCAAAAGGAAGCCGGUCUGCAACUGCCCUCAACAACCACAAAAAAUUUUCAUCAAUCGCCGUUUGAUUACAAAGUGUUGCCCACAAGUUCCAUAGCACGCAAUCGUUUGCGCAAUCGCAUGCAAGAUGUUAAUCAAGCCAUAAACAGUGCUUUGAAUCAAACACCACCUAGCAGUCUAGGGCCCGGCAAUGGAGAAUUAUUAAAUGGCAGUUUUAGCGAAGAUCAGGUCAUGAAUACGGUGACUCCCAUUAAACUGGUCAAGAAAACGGAGAAAACAAAUCCACCGUCUAGUGCCACCUUAGGCGCUGCUGGCGGAUCCGUUCCAAAGUCGGUCUUAAACAAUGCCAACCAACAAAGAUCACUGCAAAAGCAAAUUUCCGUUGUGGAUCCAAACAGCUUAAUGGAAGUGGGUUCGCCACCAUCCUCUACUGGUAUUUCCCUGGGUACCAUUGUCACCGAAUACUUAACGAAUCAACAUGCUUUGUGCAACAAUCCCAUGACAACAUGUCCCCAAUUCGAUUUGCUAACACCACAUAAAUGUCCCGAUCCCAAACCCAAUCGUGUUUUAGGUGAUAAUCUCAAUGUGACCAAUCGUUUCUUCAGAGCACAAGCUGGAUACAACACCCGCAAAAUGAAUCGUCGUUUUGUGCACUCAUACUUUGCUCCCUGGCGAACAAUACGUUCCACAGAUAGUAACGAGAUAAACUUUUCCUCCUGUCACAUUGUACAAAGUUCCGAUCUACUCUUAGUGGGCACUCAUCAGGGAGAGGCUAAAGCAUUCAAUAUAAAUCAUGGCACCGAAGAAUUUUCAUCACGUUGUCACAGUUAUAUUAUUGAUUCCAUACAAUCGAAUCGUACCGGAGACUUGGUUUUGACUUCGGCCAGUUGGCGUUCGCCCUUGAGUGUUUUGUGGUCGAUCAAGGACAAUGAUUUUGCGUCGAAAAUACAAUUCAAUGAUGAGUUUUAUUGUGAAUUUAGUAAAUUGUCACAAGACAAAAUCAUAGGCACACAAAAUGAUUGUUGUACGAUUUACGAUAUAGCCAAGGGCCAACUGAUAUCAACAUUUACGCCUACUUUGGGUAGUCAAUAUAGUAAAAAUCGAGCUACAUUCUGUCCCACCGAUGAAUUGGUUUUAUCAGAUGGUGUUCUUUGGGAUGUAAGAUCGGGCAAAGAAAUACAUAAAUUUGAUAAGUUAAAUCAAUCCCUAUCAGGUGUCUUCCAUCCAAAUGGUUUAGAGAUAAUUUCGAAUACCGAAGUAUGGGAUUUGCGCACAUUCCAUUUGCUGCAAACGGUGCCGGUUUUGGAUCAGUGUCUUUUGAAAUUCUCCCCCUUGAAUACUAUAUAUGGAAUACGGUUGGAAAUGGAAUAUCGCAACGAUUUUGAUGAUGCGACCAAUUAUGAUACGAGCUUUAAGGUCCUGGAUGCCUACGACUAUUCGUCGAUAUCGACAAUAGAUGUUAAACGCAGUCUUUUCGAUUUGAGUGUCAAUGGUAAUGGCAGUCUGAUUGCUUUGGUGGAGGAUCAGCCGUCGUAUGAGGCGAAAUCGGAAACAUUUGUGAAAAUAUAUUGUGUGGGCAUGAAGAAGACGGAACACGACGAAGAGGAAGAUGAAGAGGAGUGUGAGUCCGACGAGGACAAUUCAGACAGUGAUGCCUCAGGCAAUGUAUUUGGUUUACGGACUGAUGAUCAAAUGCGUAAUGGCAGACGACGCCGCAAUGAAGAAGAGGAUGAUGACGACGACGAUGAUGAUGACGACGACGACGAUGAUGACGACGACGAUGAUGAUGACGAUGACGACGAUGAUGAUGACGACGAUGAUGAUGCCGGCUGGAUAGAUAUUGAUAUAGAUGAUGAUUUACCUUUAAAUAGUUUUCGUUUACUCGACUAGAAUUCCAAAUUCUACAUCUCUGCAAAACAAAGCAAUUUUCAUUCUACCUUUUCUCUACCCUCAACCCCUCACAAAUCCAGUGUCUGUCUUCAACCUUCUUCUUCUUCUACUUCUGCCAUUUGUAUAGCAAAAACAAAACAAAAUAUGAAGAUACCAACAAACCAAUACUCUAUUGGUCAAAUUUGUUACAUGUCAACAAAAUUUUAACAGGAACAUGAACAAUUUUUCUCUCCUUCUAUCUUCCCUAGUUAAGAAAUGCCUGUUCAUUCAUUUAUUGUUUGUUCUUCUAUGAAAACAAAUCAUUAAUAAAUUAUUUUUCUUUUUUUUUUUAACCAAUAGCCCCUAAAAACAUUUUUAGUCUUAAGUAUUGUUUAAUUAUAAAAUAUUUACAUAUACUAUACAAUAUAUUCAUUUUUCUUUACAACAUUUAACAUUUUACUUUUACUUAUUUUUUUUGUUACAUAAUUAAAUAAUUUUUUUAUAUUUUAAUUUAAAUAUUAUUUAAUAAUUUAGAAUGUGUACAAAACCAACCAUCCUUUCAAAUACGUUAUUUUAUUUCGAAUUAUUUGUAGUUCUGUGCAAGUUUAUUGUUACAUUUCUUUUUAAAUAACUAAGGCAAAUUUUGAAUGAUUAUUAUUUUGUAUGUAAAAAACAAAUUUGCAAAAAUACUAAAUAUAUAUAACAAUUUUAAUACAAAUGAUAAAUCUAUAUUUAAUAUAUUGUCUAACAAAAAAAAAAAAGAAAGAAAAUAAAAAGUUUAACAUAUAAAAAUUAUUAAAUAAUACAAACAAAGAUUAAAACAUAAAAACAUUAAAUAAUAAUAAAAAAUAAUAAUAGCAGUUGUAUGUAAUUUAAGUCAAUAUUUGAUGAACAUUUAAACAAAGAAAUUGUAUAACAAUUUACUUGCAUUUUUUAUAAGCAAAUAAAAAAAUAAUGAAAAAGAAAUUUAUUUAAAA